AUGAAAACGGUAAUGACCAUCGCAGGCAGCGACUCAGGCGGCGGCGCAGGCAUACAAGCCGACCUGAAGGCGUUCGCCGCGAACGGAGUGCAUGGCACAUCCGCAAUCACCGCUAUCACGGCGCAAAACACCGUCGCCGUAACCGAUGUGCUCGCACUCCCGCCGUCUCUCGUGGCGAACCAGAUUGACGCCAUCAUCGACGACAUCGGCGCGGACGCAGUCAAGACGGGCAUGCUCCCCAACGCCGCCAUCAUCGAGACGGUGGCAGACCGCAUCCGCGCGCACUCGCUGAACCCUGUGGUGAUAGACCCUGUCAUGGUGACAAGCAGCGGCACCAGGCUGCUUGAAGACGCCGCCGUGGAAGCGAUACGCAGCAGGCUGAUGCCGCUUGCGACGCUCGUUACACCGAACACUCGCGAAGCCGCCGUGCUCACGGGCGAACAGAUAGUUACGCUAGACGACAUGCGCCGCGCUGCCCGCUAUCUGGCAGAAUCGACAGGUGCGAGCGCCGUUCUGGUCAAGGGUGGGCACUUCGACGGUCCCGCGACCGACAUCCUCUAUGACGGCAGCGAUUUCUUCGUGUUCACCGAGGAGCGCAUCGACACCACGAGCAACCACGGUACAGGCUGCACUCUGGCAUCAAGCAUAGCCGCGAACCUCGCCAAGGGCGCCGACCUGCCCACCGCCGUUGCCAAUGCCAAGUCGUAUGUAACCAACGCCAUGCGCGCCGCAACCCCCAUCGGCGCAGGUCACGGCCCGCUGAACCACUUCUAUAUGCUGGGUAGCGAUGAAUGA